UUUACUAUUGAGUGCAUGCUGCCUGGUUUAAGUACACUUCACUUUGUCAGGUUUUACAGUAGUAAUUACAGCAGUGUGUAGACUGGAUUUUGAGACCCACCUUUUUUCUUGCUUAACAAUAGAGAAUUUUAUCAUUUCCUGGCAGAGAGACAUUUAAGUGGAUUUUUUUGGUACCUUGUCUCAGCUAACCUGGCUCUCUGCCUGUGCCCUACUCUCUCUGUGUAAUGUCCCACUUCCUCCUCUCAUAGCUCCUGGCCACUUUUCUGAUCCAGUUUGAGAGGUUACAUGGGGUUCAGUCCUCAGGGGUCCUCUUCAUCUUCUGGUUCCUGUCUGUGCUGUGUGCCAUCGUGCCUUUCCGCUCCAAGAUCCUACAGUCCUACAGCCAGAGCGAAGUGACAGACAAGCUGCGAUUCACCACUUUCUACAUCUACUUCAGCAUGGUGGUUUGUGAGCUCAUCCUCUGCUGCUUCAAUGAGAAACCUCCUCUCUUCUCCGAUGUUGUCACAGACCCAAAUCCCUGCCCUGAAACCUCAGCAGGUUUUCUCUCCAGAAUGACAUUUUGGUGGUUCACAAGUAUGGCCAUUAAAGGCUACAAAAUGCCCCUGGAGGCCAAAGACCUGUGGUCUCUGAACCAGCGUGACAGAUCCAAGGAGAUGGUGCCCAGACUCCUCAAAGAGUGGGAGAAGGAGCAGGUCAAGGUCAAGAGUGAACAGAGUCCAUCCAGCCAGGCUGUGUACUCCAAGCCCCUACCAACUACCAACCACGUUGCAGGAGGAGGGGGUGAAGGUGAAAACAACCCAGAGGAAGUGGAGGUUCUGCUGUCCAGUCAGAAGGCCACUUCCCAGCAGCCUUCUUUCCUGCGUGCCCUCAUUAAAGCUUUUGGACCCUACUUUCUGAUUGGCUCAGCCUACAAGCUGCUGCAGGAUAUUAUCACCUUUGUCAACCCCCAGCUGCUUAGGUUGCUGAUCACUUUUACAAAACAGACGGGAGUGCCUUACUGGUGGGGUUACACGCUGGCCUUCCUUAUGUUCUUCACAGCCUUCCUGCAGACUCUUAUCCUCCACCAUCAAUUUCAGUACUGUUUUGUCACCGGCAUGAAUAUACGCACAGCUGUCAUAGGAGCUAUCUACAGGAAGGCGCUGGUGAUAACAAAUGCUGCCAAGCGUUCAUCUACGGUGGGAGAGGUAGUCAACCUGAUGUCUGUGGAUGCACAGCGGUUCAUGGACCUAACCACCUUCCUCAACAUGCUGUGGUCUGCUCCUCUUCAGAUUAUACUGGCGCUAUAUUUCCUCUGGCAGAAUCUUGGCCCGUCUGUGCUGGCUGGGGUGGCUGUCAUGAUCAUGCUGAUCCCUUUUAAUGCUGUCAUUGCCAUGAAGACCCGAGCCUACCAGAUGGAGCAGAUGCAGUACAAGGAUGCUCGUAUCAAGCUCAUGAAUGAGAUCCUGAAUGGUAUCAAAGUCCUAAAGCUGUAUGCCUGGGAGAACUCCUUCAAAGAAAAGGUCCUGGCCAUUCGGCAGAAGGAGCUCAACGUGCUCCGCAAGACAGCCUACCUGGGAGCGCUGUCCACCAUGGCCUGGACCAGCGCCCCUUUCCUGGUCGCCUUGACAACGUUUGCUGUGUAUGUGACUGUGGAUGAGAACAACAUCCUGGAUGCAGAGAAGGCCUUUGUGUCGCUCUCACUCUUUAACAUCCUCAGGUUUCCUCUCAACAUGCUUCCCCAAGUCAUCAGCAGCAUUGUGCAGGCCAGCGUCUCACUGAAGCGAGUCCAAGGGUUCCUGAGUCAUGAUGAGAUAGACCCAAAUUCAGUAGACCGAAAGAACACAGCUGCAGAGUUUUCAGUGAUAGUUGUCAACGGAAAGUUCACCUGGGCUAAAGGAGAACCUCCUGUUUUGCACAAUAUUAAUAUGAUGGUGCCCCAGGGCUCGCUACUUGCAGUGGUGGGCCAGGUUGGCUGCGGGAAGUCCUCCCUGAUCUCUGCGCUGCUCGGUGAAAUGGAGAAACUGGAAGGAGACGUUUCAGUUCGAGGAUCAGUGGCAUACGUACCUCAACAGGCCUGGAUACAGAAUGCCACCCUGCGAGACAACAUCCUGUUCGGGAACUCCUACAAUGAGCAGAAGUACUGCAGCGUUCUGGAAGCCUGUGCCUUAACCCCAGACCUGGAGGUGCUGCCUGGAGGAGAUAUGACUGAGAUAGGAGAGAAGGGUAUCAACCUGUCUGGUGGGCAGAGACAGAGGGUGAGUCUUGCUCGAGCUCUGUACAGCAAUGCUGAUGUGUACCUGCUGGAUGAUCCGCUAUCCGCUGUGGACGCCCACGUGGCCAAACACAUAUUUGACAACCUCAUUGGUCCAGAGGGGCUGUUGAAGGGCAAGACAAGAAUUCUGGUGACACAUGGAAUCAGCUUCCUGCCUCAGGUGGAUAACAUAAUGGUGAUGGUGGAUGGACAGGUGUCAGAGAUGGGGUCCUACCAGGAGCUGCUCAAACAGAACGGAGCCUUUGCAGAGUUUCUCAGGAACUACUCUCUGGAGGACAUUGUAGAGGAGGACGAGGCAACUGAAGAGCUAAUUGAAGAUGAAGAAUUGUUCCCUGAGGAUGCCCUUAGCAAUCACACAGACAUGGUGGAAAAUGAACCAGUCAUCAAUGAAGCUAAGAGAAAUUUCAUAAGGCAGAUCAGCAUCCUUUCAGCAGAUGGAGAGAACCCACGGUCCCGCUCAGUGAGGAGACACGGCUGCACCCAAAGGAAGCACUCCGAGCCACAAGAGAAGAAACCACAGGAGUUGCAGAAGCUCAUCCAGGCAGAGACUUCGGAAACUGGCAGGGUGAAAACAAAAGUGUACCUGGAGUAUGCCAAGGCGGUGGGGCUGCUGCUCUCAGUGGUCAUUUGUUGUCUGUAUGGCUGCCAGAGUGCUGCAGCUAUUGGCGGUAACAUCUGGCUCAGCCAGUGGACCAACGAUGCGUCAACGAAUCAGACUAAGGAGAAUGUUCAUAUGAGGGUGGGGGUGUACGCAGCACUGGGCAUUGCACAAGGUAUCCUGGUCAUGAUCUCUUCCUUCACACUAGCAAUGGGGAACAUCAGCGCAGCCAGGAAGCUGCACUAUAGCCUGCUGUCCAACAAACUCCACACGCCUCAGUCUUUCUUUGAUACCACACCUAUAGGACGCAUCCUCAACCGCUUCUCCAAGGACAUCUACGUGAUAGACGAGGCUCUUCCAACCACUGUGCUCAUGUUCCUGACCACCUUCUUCAUCUCUCUCUCCACCAUGAUAGUUAUCAUUUCCAGCACACCCAUCUUUGCUGUAGUUGUAGUGCCUCUGGCUUUCAUAUACGUCUUUGUCCAGAGGUUUUAUGUUGCCACAUCUCGCCAGCUAAAGCGUCUGGAGUCGGUCAGCCGUUCUCCCAUAUACUCCCAUUUCUCUGAGACCAUCACUGGCUCUAGUGUAAUCCGAGCCUAUGGCAGACAUGCUGUCUUUGUUCUGAUGAGUGAUAUGAAAGUGGAUGAGAACCAAAAGAGUUACUACCCUGGUAUAGUGUCCAACAGGUGGCUUGGAGUGCGGAUUGAGUUUGUCGGGAACUGCAUAGUGCUGUUUGCUGCACUGUUUGCUGUGAUUGGAAAGGAGACUCUGAACCCUGGCCUUGUGGGUCUGUCAGUGUCCUAUGCUCUACAGGUGACCAUGUCUCUGAACUGGAUGGUACGAAUGACUUCAGAUCUGGAGAGCAACAUAGUUGCAGUGGAGAGAGUGAAGGAGUACUCUGAGACCAAGACAGAGGCUCCCUGGGAGGUGGAGGACAAGAAGCCUCCUCCUGAAUGGCCCAUGGGGGGUAAUGUGGACUUUCAAAACUACAGCGUUCGAUACCGAGAGGGCCUGGACCUUGUCCUGAAGAACCUGACACUGAGUGUCAAAGGAGGAGAGAAGAUUGGUAUCGUUGGUCGUACAGGGGCCGGCAAGUCCUCCAUGACGCUCUGCCUCUUACGAUUGCUGGAAGCUGCCGCCGCCAUCGAUGAGGUUAAGAUAGCAGAGAUAGGCCUGCAUGACUUGAGGUCCAAACUCACCAUUAUUCCACAGGAGCCUGUCCUCUUCUCUGGAACACUGCGAAUGAACCUUGACCCCUUUGAGAAGUACAGUGAUGAAGAGGUGUGGAAAGCUUUGGAACAUUCCCACCUCCACAGGUUUGUCAGCAACCAGCCGGCAAAACUGGAGCUGGAGUGUUCAGAGGGAGGAGAGAACCUCAGUGUGGGCCAGAGGCAGCUGGUGUGUUUGGCCCGAGCUCUCCUGAGGAAAACCAGGAUUCUCAUCCUGGAUGAAGCUACAGCUGCUGUCGACCUGGAGACAGAUGAUCUCAUCCAGUCCACCAUAAGGACUAAGUUUGAAGACUGCACCGUCUUUACCAUCGCACACAGACUCAACACAAUCAUGGAUUACACAAGAGUGCUGGUGUUGGACAAGGGACAGAUCGCAGAAUUUGAUACUCCUACAAACCUCAUAUCACAGAGAGGAAUCUUCUACAGCAUGGCUAAAGAUGCAGGACUGGUACAGUAGAACUGCCUUUUGGUCCAGAGGUUACAAACCAGGACUGAGGAUCAGCUCAAUUCACUUCAGUUGGACUCAAGUUUAAACCUGGCACUGGAAAUGAAGAGUAUCCUUUGUGUCACUUGGUUUUUUUUUCAGGGCACUUACUGCUGGUUUUCAAUUAAGCCUGACCUCCUUUGCAGAUUUGGGUCAGUUAGCAGUUGCAGACAGUUUUAGUGUUUGUCUGGUCCCACAUCAGGACACUUGCCAUCUCCUCUGUGAUUGUCUCAAAGCUCUGGCACUGACUGUAUUGUCCUGUGAGGCAAACACUGUCUGUUUGCAUCUAGUCUGCUUUAAUAAAAGAAGAAAGAAACAAGCCAUAUGUGCAAGUGCUAAUUGAUCCAGGUCUGCUCUUUAGUGCCUUCUGCCAGUGGGAUGAAUUAAUCCAGUGAAUGUAUCUUUUUUUUUAUUUACUGUAUACUGCAGGGCAAGGAAGUAAAGGAGGGACGUUUUCUACAAAGCAAAUACUGUGCCGCUGUACUUUCCUCAUAAUACAAAACACACUUUUGUGAUAAACUCAUUUUUAUACUGUACCAUUAUUUAAAGAAUUUUGAUCAGCUAAAUGUGAUUCUCUUGUGAACCAAAUCUAUAAAUGCCAUUAUUAAAAAAGAAGAUUGUUUGUUUGCUGUCUUAAAAUAAUACAUUAUAAGAAGAAGGUUCUUGGAGUGUUUAUUAGAGGUGCAUUCCACAAUUCCAUGUCAGGGUCAGUCUACCUGUCAUGGUCUGGGAUGGUUGUAUAAUGUCCUCUGUG